GUGAAGCUCACCAUCCGGGUUUUAUCCACAACAGUGAAAAUGGUGUAUGUAUCGAAUGGUCAGGUUCUGGACAGCAGGACCCAGUCGCCAUGGAGAUUUUCUUUCCUUAGUGACCUCUUCUGGGGUGCAGUCGAGUUUAUUGGGUUGUUCUUCCAGACUCUUUUUCAGCCAGAUCUGUCUAAAGAUGGACACAACAGUGCAUCAAGUCGCUUCAGUGAUGGCAGAGGUCCUCCUGGUUUUCCUGGCCGCAGACGGAUGGGCAGAAUAAACCACGGUGCAGGUCCCACACCUCCUCCUAUGGGUGGAGGGGGAUGAGGACGGUGA